GAUAAAAUGGAAUGAGUAAGUCUCAAUUUGGUCCCCAAUUUGUUGAGAUUUCCAUGCCAUAAGGUCUGUAAAAUGGAACCUUUUUUCGUUUAAGCGGUGCGGAAUAAAGUGAAUAAUCCAUCAUGGCUGCAGCUCAGAGUGACCAGAAGCCGUUCAACGAUGCACAGUCACUGCAUAGAAAAGAAGAGCUUUACACUUUGGGGAAGCUCGGCUUUGGAACUCGUGAUUUACAGAGGCGUUAUGAAGACAUCCUUGGGCCUCUGAGUCUUUUUGCUCCUUAUUUAAACGAGAAAGUUCCAGAAAAAAUUGAGUUGGACAUUAAGCGACCAGUGACUCCCAUUGAUGAAAGUAUCAAGAAUCCACCCUCAACAUUCACUCAGCUGGCCAAGCUGAUCCGACGUAGGAUUGCUUCAAGGCCCGAUGUCACUCACAUCACAGUAGACGAGCAACAAACAUUGGCUGGUAUAAUCAUGGGUGAAGUCAAUUGCAUCUGGCCCGACAUCAGGAGACAAGUGGACGAUCCAUUCCUGACUGCAAAUGAGAACAAGGAACUUCAGAGGAGGAUCACUGUUCACAUUGUGACAGUAUGUGAGCAGCUUUUUCUACACUACAUGGAGAAGGCAAAAGUGUUAGAGCAUCGAGCUGUUUUCAGCAAACCAGCCAACAUGAGCAGGCUUAAUGCUCAACUCUCUAUCGAUGCCAACAAGUUCCUAAACAUCCUUGCAGUACGUCGUCACAUUGUUGCCGAUAUCAGAGGUGUCUCGUCAGACUCAGAGGAGGAAUAUCCCGAUGAUGCUCCAGCAGAAGAUGAAGCGGCCCCCCUCUCUUAUCAAAAACUGAUUGAGACCAGCCGCCCCAAACGUAAGAAGCGCUACCGCCAGACAGUAGAGCGAGAGGUGCGUGAUCUGAAACGCCAGAUGCCACCGAUCCAGUCCCAUAAGGUGUUGGACUACCUGCCUGACGUGAACGUCCUGCAGAGGGGACUGCUGAAGCAGACUUCCGCUGAGAGAACGGCCACCGUGCGUGCUGCGAGGCUCAAGGUGGACGAAGAGGCAGAGAGACAGAGAGUUGACAGAGACAAGGAGAGGAAAGCUCGACCGAGGGCCAAGCUGAGGAGAUCACACUCUGUGGAUGAGAUAGUGAUUGAUACACUGUUUGAUGAACUGGGUAUUGACUACAAUUCUGUACACCGCAGGAGGCGUAGUAUUGAGUUUGACCCAAAGGAACCAUCAACACCGAAGACUGACAAAGCAGACAUCAAGCCUGAAGAUACAAGAGCGUACAUCCAGCAGGACCUUAAGAAGCUAUCAGCAUAUCGGUCAGCGAGGGACGAUGGGAGAGACGAGCAGCUUGCUGAGGAUGAAGACCUCCCUCCUCUCUUACAGGCGAUCUCACAGACGGCAAGAGCAGAUGCACGGAGGGAAGUGUUACAGAGAGAGUUGAAGAAGAUUGAGAAACAACGUGCACUUGAAGAGAAAGAGGAAAAGAUUGAGAUAUCAGAUCCCACCCACCCCCAGCCAGCGACGGUCACCACACGCAUGCCCAACAAGUCGGUCGUCCGAACCUCAGAUGUCCGUGUGUCCGAGAGAGUUAGCCUGUCAUCCAUUACACUCAAACUCAACACCACUGUGUUCAAUGAGCUGAAUGAUGAUGUGGACGGAACUACAAUCAAGAAGUUGGACAGUAACCUGUUCCGAGGUCAGGAGAUUAAUGAAGUAUACCUGGAGAUUAUGAAGACACUUCCCACCGACCAUAUGGCCUACGAUCAGGAUGAUUUCAUGGAGCAGUCCUCCAGCUACGGAGCCCUAGCUAGCCAUACUAUCCUAGCCUCAUCCAUGCUGCAGAAACACGGCCAGGAUCGGGUGCUCAAUCCCACCCUGACCAAGACUGAAAUACCCCCAUGGGGUGAAGACCGUGAGGAGUGGUCCAAGAGCCCCAUCUUCAAUGCUACCUUUGCCAAGAAACCGAGCGCCCAGCAGGGCUUCAACCUAGGCACAAGCACCCUCCUGGACACCCUAGGUACCCCCUCCAACCUCCUCAACCUAGGUGGUGGGGCAGAACUGGGUGGAGCCCUCGGCGGCCCAGGACCGGGGGGCUUGGAUCUGGACGGAGGGGGUACUAAGCCGGUGUCGCAGGGCCUGGUGGAUGACAGGACUGCGAGGUCGUACGCUUCGUGGCUAGCGUGGUGGAAAAACACUAUCAGCUCUGAUGAUUAUACCAAGUACUUGUCGACGCAGGAGACAGACUUCCUUGGUGUUGUCUUCCACAUGUAUGAGAAGGACCAGGAAGACAGCGACGCAGGCAAGACGGAAAAAGAUGUACUCAGCUCCUCUAAGAUGGCUAAACAGAGAGAAAGACAGGAGAGAAUGCAGGAAUUGAAAACCCAGAAGACAGAGUUCCAAUCGGGGAUGUGGAAUGUGAACUCCAUAUUGAUGGGCGGACUAGGGAAGGAUCCUGAACUCGAAGAAGAGGAAGAAGACGUAGUUGAAUCGGACCAAGCUGACUCGCGGCCUCAUUCUCGUCGCUCACAAUCGCGACACCUUCUCAGGAAUCCCUCAAGAGGCUCAGCCAAGUCAGUCAAGUCAGUCGCGAGUGUACUGCCCAAGCACGUCAGCCUAAUGGUGCCUGGCGGAGGAGGAAGCACGAGGGCGUCGUCCCGCUCAACCAUGAGGGACUUUACGAGUCGCCUGUCGAGCACGAAAUCCCACCUGUCGCCGGCCAUCCUGGAGCCCCCCAGCUCCCAGGAUAGAUUGGAGGAUAUCUGGACCUCUCUUCAGAUGCCUGAUGCUCAUAAACUAGACAUGGCCAUCAAGUAUAGCUCUGAUGAUCACAUGGACAAGCUGCAGGAUGCCAUUGAAGCUUGGGAGACUGCUACUGAGCUGAUUCUACAGCGAGAGGCAAUCCUCGCUAGGCUGGAAACGUUUGAACGUCUCGCCUCGGAUCCAGACAGGUUCUUCCAAAGGGGUCACCGAGGAUCGUCUGUAGCUCGUCUUGAGGAGGCCAAGCAGCGUAGUGAGCUGUACACCAGACUACAUGAUCUAGAUGUUCACGUCAAACGCAAGGUCCAGUUUGUCCACACAAAGUUUGGCGAUACACCAAGUUUUCAGGGUCGACCUUACCUUCAGAAGAUGAAGGGAGACUGCACGGAGAUGCUUUAUUGGUUACAACAGGAGAGGCGUCAGUAUGCGUUGGACCACGCUACCUUGACGCAGGAGGUUAAACUACCCAUAGCCGAUCUGUCUUCCAUUUCGUCCAUCACUGCCUCAUCUACCGCUUGAGUCCAUUUCAGGGGUGGGGGUUGAGGUGGGGGUCGGACAGAACAAGCGUUUUUUUUAAAACAAAUGUCAAACCCUUUUCUCUUCCUGCCACUUCCAGAAAGCCAUAGAUGAAAGAGGUUCUUUUACAUAUUAAUUUAUUACAAUUUAUUAAAGGCACUGGACACCUUUGGUAAUUAUCCAAGACCAGU